AUUACUCUCAGUUUCUCAGAGCCUAACUACAAAAAAUGGAGCCGCCUCUUCCUUCUUUUGGUGCGCCGCUUCAACCUUGAAGGCUUCCUCACCGGUGAGAAAACUUCAACUGGAAAAGAUGACGUGGAAUGGAUCCAACUCGACGCUCUCAUUCAAGGAUGGAUUCUCUCCACCGUCAAUGAUGAGGUGUCGGAUCUCAUCAUCUCUUCCACCACAUCCGCUGCAGAUCUAUGGAAUCUAUUCACAACUUAUUUCACGACAACAAGGCGGCAAGGGCCAUGCAAUUGGAGCAACAAUUCUUCACCACCGUCAAAGGCACAUCUUCAAUUGCCUCGUAUUGUCAGACACUUCGAAACAUUGCCGAUUGGCUUGACGAUGCCGAUGCCCCGGUCACCGAGAAUCAACUUGUUUUGCAAACCCUCCGUGGCCUCCCGGAGGAUCUCAGCAACCAAGCUUCUUUCCUGCAGUUUCAAAAACCUCCGCCAACAUUUAUGGAAACCCGGUCGGCUCUUCUUCUUCUCGAAGGACAGCGGCGUCCCCACGCCGUCACCGGUGAGCAAAGCACGGCGCUGGCAGUGCACGGCGGAGGAGGCUCUCGCAGCCCGGGCCAUGGUGGUCAUGGCGGACAGCAGUUCGGACACAGCAGUGGCGGCACUGGACCGCCCCAAGGGUACGGCGGACGGGGACAGGCGCACGGUGGACGCGGUGGACGGCCAACUCGUGGCCGUGGUCGUGGACGGCACGCUGGAGCUCACCCUCGUCCGACUUCCGGCCACUGCCAUGGCCGGGAAGAAGAGGUCCCUCCACCACCGCACGAAGGACACAAUGAAGUCCACCGCGCCGCCCAUGGCGGAUUUCACUCGGAACCACAGGUCGUCCACCACGUGUCCCACGACGGGAACCAGCUGAUUCGUCCAUAUUGUGACGAUGAGAUCGGCGGAGAUAGGCAGACCUAUAACUCUAUAAGGUAUGUUGCCGGGCAGGUCUCCAGCUCUACCUCUCCAUCCGUCACGAGCAGCUCAUUUCUGUUCGCUCUCAUCCAUCCGAUCCUCACCAAGUUUGAGAAAGGAGGUCGUUUGAGAGUGAAGAUCAUUGACGCUGAUAAGCAAAGAUGGAAAAUCCUGGAAGAAUUCAUACCCAGGAAAGCAAGAACCAAUUCAUCACCACAUGUCUUGCUACAAGGAGAUGAAAACAACAACAACAUGUUAUAGACCUACCACAGCCACAGUUGUUUAGCUCGUCGCUCUGGUACAGGACUCACCACCACCGAGGUGAUCUAUAAGCACUACGAGGAUGACCAGGCCAGCCGGCCAAUUUCCACCAUGGCCUAAAUCUAUUGUCCAACGUCAAUGUCCGAUCCUCCCCGCAUUGAAAAUGUCCGCGGCCGUUACGGGAAAUGUUCCAGUCAAAAUCUAUCGCCACCGCUAGUGACGUUCGACAUUGCCAGUCCUAGUGUUGAAACCCGGCCCUCCGUCAUCGCUGCAAGGGUCCAUCCUCCGUCGCUCUAGCCUUGGCCGCUGCCAUUAUCCAUC